AUUAAUCUAAUAUAUCAUCGAAAUGUGGUCGUUUACCAAAAAAAAAGAGAAGAAAAUACAUCUAAAUGUGGAGUGGAUCCAUGCAAAAGCCAGUCCAAUGUGGAGGAUUUGUUGAUACCAUCGGCCCUAAUCUGAAGAAGAUAUUAUGUGGUGGGUGAUGAAUCUUGGUACCAUCCAUCGCACAUUCCACAUACCAAACUUUCCACAUCUCUAAUUCUCUUUGUGCUUUCUGAUCCAUAAUUCCAUGUCGCUGCAAGCAGGCAGGCAACCACCUGCCCAUUCUCUGCAGGGAAAAUUCCCAAGAUUGGGACAGCAACCGGCGUCCAAGUCUAACCUGGAACACACCGUUGUACACCACGAGUUCUUGUGUUUUGGCACAUCAAGCAUGACAGCAACGUCCUGGUUAAACUACCAUAACAGUGCAGACAAAAAAUAGCAAGGCUCCUAGUAGAUGUGACCAAGGAACCGCCAUGGGUAAUGGCAUUACAAAGUUCUCAUUUUAUUUUCCAGAAGCAGCCAUGCAUGCUUACACCUUUCUGGUGAAACCAUGCGUUUUUCUUUUUUGUAGCAUUGUGGACUUCACACUUGGCAUAGACUAAUAGCAGCAGCUGCGGCUGCCUUGUGGCAUUGGUUAAAGGGUAAAAGCGACUGACAGUGACCUCCAUGGUUUGACACCUGAAUGAGUCCCCAUAUAUACAAGUGCAGCUUCUUCAGUGCAACCGCCUCUUCCUCCUCUGUCCUUGUGUUGCUGUUAGUACUAGUAGUAAUUUCAGUUCUAAGUGUCAUUUCAUUAGGACCUUAGAAGUUCUUGAUGAGUCUUCAAGAGCAGUGUAAUUCAGACUGGUCCUAGUGACAUAGAGGAGAGGAUGGACGUGUUCAUCCACGAGGACUACGUGAACAAGCGCAACGAGGUGAGGAGGGAGCAGAGGAGGCAGCAGCUGCGCGUGCUGCAGGUGGAGGGCGACCCCGACGCGUCCCGGCCGGCGCCGACGCGCCGAGAGAGCCCGAGGGUGCCAGCUCAGUGCCUGACGCCGACCGGCGUGUCGUCGUUCAGCGUCAGGUCCCCCGCGGCGAGCGCGUCGCCGACUGCGGCGGCGGAGGAGGCUGCCGCUUGGGCGGCGGAGCAUCACCUCUUCGACUGCCUCAAGCCGUACUAGACAGAAGGAUUCCUGCAGCGGAACAGAAGCACUGGUGCCCAACAACACCACAUGCAACCGACCAGGAGAUACACGUCUAGAACGUCACAACAUCGUCUUGAUAGUCCUCAACAUCUUCACUCAUUGAGCAGCACCAUACAUGUCACAUGUCAUAGGAAAAGAGCAAGUGUGAGCACAUGACGCGCUCAACAAAUAUGGAAAAGAUAAUGAUAUGUAGGCUUUCAACAGAAUAGGCUAACACAUGAUAUAUUUGCGUAAAUACGAGUAAUGAAAAGAUAUUUGGACUUAAAAAAUAUUAAACAAUUAUUAAGUGGAUGUAACCCAUAUAGUCCAACACCCAGUAUACAAGGCUCUCCAUCUUGCAUAUCAUUACCGUCUAGUACUCCCUAUAUUAUAACCAAAAUCACAACCAAACCCAUAACCACACCCACUAAUUAUGUGAGGAUCCAAGUCUCCCAUAACCAUGAGCAUGACUGUUAUAACACUUUUUACACUCUGCAGAGG